AUGUCACUUUUAAGACUGUGUGCCUUGCCAAAGUGUCUGUAUGUACGGUUAACGAUAGAUAAAGGUUUUCGGCACUUGUUUAAUGCCGAUCAUUGCCGUCUCUGUUUAAGAAUAAGGGACAACUGUGAAAGACGGAUACUGGACACACCAUGGGCAGCAACAUAUCGGAGACACUAUUCUGUAAUCCCUAAAAAAGAAGACGGGAAAAGGCGGACGUGGGAGCAAUCUCAAUUGUUGGAUGUACUGGAGGCCAGAAUUCAACAGUUACAGACUGAUGUCGUUUUAGAUGUCAAACAUUCAAAGGUGCAGUUAGUCAAAGCCCCUCACUCAGGGAGAGGAGCCACUUUUGGUGAAAGCCCCAAAAAUCUUAAAGGAGAAAGGGCGGACGUUCCUCCAAAAGCUGGACAGGGUCAGACCAGUAAGAAAGGAGGAACGGGAGAGAACCCGUCCCAGAAAGCGAAGCCUAGCCGAUGGAUCGAGAAACUGAAAAAAGAAAAGUGGAACAAGACGAAGAAACAAGCGUCGCUCCAGCUAAAAAUCUACGAAGAAACUUCGAAUAAAAGCAGUAAAGGUGGCCUGAUGUUUCCUGGAACUUCCGUCAAAACUAUCACGACGGGGAAAAAGGUUAAAUCCGCGGCAAAACCUGAGCAGAGUAAAAGUCGAUCGCUUCAUUCCAAAGAACUACAGCAGGACAUCCUGAAAGUCACGGCGCCUGUCAUUGCAGAACAUAUCUCCAGACAAAGUGAGCUCGCUGAGGUGGAGGAACUAGACCAGCAGGUGAACCAGUGGAAUGUCUCUAAUUCGGAAAGGCUUCUGGAAGAUAAGGACGGGAAUCGCUACGGAGACACACAGCUGAGCGUGCGCUGUUACCUGGAGACGUGCGUGUUUAUCGGCGACCUGGAGCGAGCUCACAGCUGUCUCCUGUCGCACCAUCGACACGUGUCCCGACGCAAACUCCUCUCUAUUGGUGCUUACAACAUCAUGAUGAGAGCAUGGGCAAAAAAAGGAGCUCCAAACCAGAUAGGACGCCUGUUUGUGCUGUUGGAGGAAGCUGGUCUUAAACCCAACAUUAGCUCAUACAGCGCAGCAUUAGAAUGUAUGGGCCGAAAUCCACAAUGCUCAGCACAGAUUAUUAACAGGUGUCUGCAGCAGAUGGAGGAGGACGGUCUGUCCGUAGACGAUAUCUUCAGACAGUGUGUGUUCCGUUGCGAUGAGAGUGACAUGGUGCUGAGAGCUAUCCGUGUCGUGAAGCCGGACUUUCAGCCCAACAUGCACGGUGACCAGCCUCUCUGCUCCUCUCCUCUGGUCGAAAAGUUCUACAAAGAGAGAGAAGACGUCCAGUACCCGAAGCUAAACUUCAGUUUGAAGGACAUCCAAGAGCGUUUUGCUCGUCAGCUGGCUAUGGAGAAGGCCAAUAGCAUCACCAUCGACUCGGUGGAGGCCAUGAAGCCCGUCACCGAACAGAUGACCAAAAUGAGGAAGCUUCUAGAAACACAGCGUAUGCACUGGCAUCAGUCACUUCUUCAGGCCCUCAGAGAAAGCAAGAUUGUUUUAGCCAGCAACAGCAAGAAAACAUGGAGGUUGAGUUUAUACCCUUAUCUGUGUAUCCUGGAUGAUAAGGAUUAUGUGGACAUCAUGAUUCAGGCUUUGGCCAAGCUGCCACCCAGUGGAGAAUCUCUUGUCGUCAUGGCAAAGGAUGUGGGUUAUCGAGUCUACAACAUGUUCUGCAUACGGCAGAAGACCCACAGUCAGAUGGUGGACAAACUGGGGAGUAUCUAUAACGCCUACGCCGACCUGCUCGCUAAAGACACCCAGCCUAGUAACGUGUUGCCACGGGAGCAGUGGGUGAACCUGCUGUCGGAGCAGAGUUCUGGUCCCACCCUCUCAACCGACGACACUCCCUGGCCACACGUCCUCGUUCUACAGAUAGGCAGCUUCCUGGUGGACCUCAUGGUGCGAGAGAUCAAAAUUAACAACGACAUCCUCAACCCCGCCCUGGAAAAGAAACUCAUCCCCGUUCUCUACCACAUGUACACCUUCCGCAGCAACCGACAGAUCGGCUUCAUCAAACCGCACCCCAUCCUGACGCAAAUGCAGAUGGAAGCCAUGGAGACCAAGUUGACCUUUGACUCUUAUGUGAUGCCCAUGCUGUGCCCACCUGUGCCCUGGACUUCGCCCAAAUGCGGCGCCUACCUCCUGACGCCCACCAAGCUGAUGCGAGCGGUAGAGGGAGCGAUUCAGCACCAGCUGCUGCUGGAGAAAUGCCAGGACGAAGACCUCCACGCCGUCCUGGACUCUCUGAACCAGCUGGGCAACUGCGCGUGGAAGAUCAACCAACCCCUGCUGGACAUCAUCAUCUCCAUCUUCAACGACAAAGGGUGCGAGAAGCUCGACGUUCCGCCGCCCGUGUCCGAGGCGCCCGAGAUUCCCCGCUUCAACGCCCACGACCCCUCGUACACCCACACCGAGAGGGCGCACCUCAAACGCGAGGCGGUCAAGGCCAAGAAGAAGUUCACCGAGAUGCACAGCCUACGCAUGGACGCCCUCUACAAGCUCUCCAUCGCCAACCACGUGCGGGGGGAGAUGUUCUGGUUCCCUCACAACAUGGACUUCCGCGGCCGCACCUACCCCUGCCCGCCCUACUUCAAUCACUUGGGGAGCGACGUGACGAGAGCCGUCCUGGUGUUCGCGGAAGGCAAACCCCUCGGCCCCCGCGGCCUGGACUGGCUCAAGAUCCACUUGGUCAACCUCACCGGGUUGAAGAAACGCAGCUCCCUGGCCGGAAGGCUGGAGUACGCCAACAGCAUCAUGGAAGACAUACUGGAUUCCGCUGACAACCCGCUAACGGGGAGGAAAUGGUGGAUGAACGCGGAUGAGCCGUGGCAGACACUAGCCUGUUGCAUGGAGAUCGCUAACGCCUCCAGAUCCCCCGACCCCACCCAGUUCAUCUCACACUUCCCUGUCCACCAGGACGGAUCGUGUAAUGGCCUUCAGCACUAUGCAGCGUUGGGUCGAGACGUGAUCGGUGCCACCUCGGUGAACCUCAUGCCCUGCGACGUGCCCCAGGAUGUGUACAGCGGUGUCGCCCAGCAGGUGGAGGAGUUUCGCGCGCGGGAUGCGGCCAGGGGUCUGAAGGUUGCCCAGGUCCUGGAGGGCUUCAUCAGUCGGAAGGUGGUGAAACAGACCGUGAUGACCGUGGUCUACGGGGUGACUCGCUACGGGGGACGGCUGCAGAUCGAAAAGCGCCUCAAAGAAAUCGAUGAUUUCCCCAAGGAGUAUGUCUGGGAUGCCUCUCACUAUUUGGUUCACCAGGUUUUCAGCAGUUUGAAGGAGAUGUUCACAGGAACCAGAGAGAUUCAGGACUGGCUGACGGAAAGCGCCAGGCUAAUCUCCAAGUCGGGCAGCACGGUGGAGUGGGUGACCCCGCUCAGAUUACCCAUAGUGCAACCGUACCACCGGACCAGGAACCAAGUGCUGAAGAGCAACAUCCAGUUUAUGGGUCUCCAAAUUAGCCACGACGCCAACGAGAGACCAGACACUGUAAAACAGAAGAAUGCAUUCCCUCCCAACUUCAUCCAUUCACUCGACUCCACUCACAUGAUGCUGACGGCUCUCUACUGUUAUAGCGCCGGCCUCACGUUUGUGUCUGUCCACGACUGCUUCUGGACACACGCCCUUACUGUCGACACCAUGAACAAGGUGUGCCGGGAGCAGUUUGUGGCCCUGCACAAUCAGCCCAUCCUUCAGGAGCUGUCCAAGUUCCUGCUGCAGAAAUAUUGCUCCGGGCCGCCAGGUAGCAGCAAGAACAAGAAGUUUCUGGAAUAUUGGAGAAUGGUGCAGCUGCUGGGGAAGGUCCCACAGACAGGAGAUUUCAAUCUGGAGAGAGUAAAAGAGUCCACCUAUUUCUUCAGCUGAGAGGAGGAGAAGAAGAAGAAUGGGUGAUAGAGGGUUGAACGAUUGGGACUGAGCAGACAGAGGGGGUGAACACCCCUCCCCCAAAAAAAC